CGGCUUUCUGUCGGAGUUAGUCCUGCCAGUCUGGAAAAGAGGCAAAAGAGUCGCAGAACCUUAAAGUCUCUUUCCGAAGCCUGCCUCGGUCCUGUGCGGGUCAGCCCAACACCGCUCGGGCCCGAGUGCGGCUGCGAACAGAGAAAGACACUCUUUAUUCCGGAACGGAGAUCGCGCGCAGGCUGUUUCCGGGGGCUCGAGGCUGUCGCACCGCUGUGCCCCGCCCCUCGCGCGGCCACGUCUAGCCAAAGCUGCAGAGUCGGCGGUGCCGAGUGAGGGCCGCGGGCGGGGUUCGUAGGCGUGAGGGGCGAACGUCCCGGGCAGCAUCGGAGCACUGGGGUAUCAUGAUACUGGUUGGUUUGACUUCAAGCCAUUUAUGAGACUUCAAAUCACCCCCAAAAUGGGAAACAGAGUGAGGUCUUUCCCAGGAACUCUGGGCUGUUGCUGAUGGUAGAAACCGAAUGCACCUCAGGGUCACUUGUAGCCCUCAGUGUCAGCUCAGCUUCGGCCGUCCUGAACAUGGACAAUAUGUUGGCCAAGCAGGACAGGCUCCUGGAGGACAAUGCCAACAGUGGCACCUCAGCUUGCCCCGAGGCCCUCCUGCAGCCCCUGGACUUGCUGGCACCACCUGACCAGCUGGACAAAGCUCAGUGUACCAGCAUUGAGGCUGGCAAAACUUCUGAGGAAGGAGGAAGCCUUGAUGGGCCUGGCCAAGAGACCCUCUGUCAGAAUGGGCCUGCACCACAGUUCCCAGACCCUCUGCUGCCUCUCACCUCCACGACAAGCCCAGUGGGUCCUGAUGCCUCUUCAGGUGUGGCUGGUUUCCAUGACAACCUAAGGAAGUCUCAGGGAACUAGUGCUGAGGGCAGUGUUAGAAAAGAAGCUUUGCAAUCUCUCAGACUCAGUCUUCCCAUGCAAGAAACGCAACUGUGCUCCACGAUGUCGUCACUGCCACUGGAGGAGGAGGAGCAGGUCCGACUUCAGGCCCGGAAGCAGCUGGAAGAGCAGCUCAGACAAUACCGAGUAAAGCGCCAGCAGGAGAGGUCUAGUCAACCUGCAACAAAAAUGAGACUUUUUAGCACACUGGAUCCUGAGCUCAUGUUAAACCCUGAACACUUGCCAAGGGCCAGUCCCGUGGCUCUGACCACAGAGUACUCCUUCCUGCGCACGAGUGUCCCUCGGGGGCCCAAGGUGGGCAGCUUAGGGCUGCUAGCACAUCCUAAGGAGAAAAAAAGUUCCAAAUUAAGCAAAAUUCGGUCCCUGGCUGAUUAUAGGACUGAAGGUUCAGGUGAUGCUGGUGGCCCUGGUCCCACUGCUGAUUCUGUCAGGGGCUCCCUGAAGCAGAGCAGAAGUAGCACCUCCAUUGUUUCUGAGGUCAGUCUGUCUCCUGAGGCUGACGGCCGCCUGGAGAAUGCCUCGCUGACUGGGGACAGUGUGUCUGAGGCUGAUGGAAAUGACAGCGACAGCUCCUCACACAGCAGCCUCUCCAUCCGUGGGACUGGUGGCGUUCCAGGGAGCAUGGCAGGCACCCAGGGAGCUGCCUAUGUGAUCGGUGGCCAGGAGAUUGCUGCAGAGGCCCUGGGCCAGUUCCCCUCAAUCAAGGAUGUGCUCCAGGCGGCAGCAGCUGCGCACCAAGACCAGGGGCAGGAAGUCAGUGGGGAGGCACGGAGCCGCAGAGACAGCGUCUGUAGCAGCAUGUCCAUGGACAGCUCACUUACGGAGACACAGGAUGAAAUGUUGCAGGUUCUUAAAGAGAAAACGAGACUUGAAGGACAGCUGGAGGCUUUAUCCCUAGAAGCUACUCAGGCACUUCAGGAGAAGGCUGAGCUGCAGGCCCAGCUGGCGGCCUUGCACACAAGGCUGCAGGCACAGGUAGAGCAGACCCACAGCAGCCAGCAGAGGCAGGACUCCCUCAGCUCCGAGGUGGACACUCUGAAACAAUCUUGCUGGGACUUGGAGCGAGCCAUGACUGACCUGCAGAACAUGCUGGAGGCCAAAAAUGCCAGCCUGGCAUCCUCAAACCAUGACCUGCAGGUGGCAGAGGAGCAGUACCAGAGGUUGAUGGCCAAGGUGGAGGACAUGCAGAGGAACAUGCUCAGCAAGGACAACACAGUGCAUGACCUCCGACAGCAGAUGGUGGCCCUGCAGAGCCAGCUGCAGCAGGUACAGCUAGAGCGCACGACCUUGACCAGCAAGCUGCAAGCCUCCCAGGCAGAAAUCGCGUCUCUGCAGCAUGCUCGGCAGUGGUACCAGCAGCAGCUUGCCCUGGCUCAGGAAGCCCGGGUCAGGCUGCAGGGCGAGGUGGCCCACAUUCAGGUCGGACAGAUGACGCAGGCUGGUCUGCUGGAGCACCUGAAGCUGGAAAAUGUGUCCCUGUCCCACCAGCUGACAGAAACACAGCACAGGUCCAUGAAGGAGAAGGAGCGCAUAGCUGUCCAGUUGCAGAGCAUCGAGGCCGACAUGAUGGAUCAGGAAGCAGCCUUUGUGCAGAUUCGGGAGGCAAAGACGAUGGUGGAGGAAGACCUGCAGAGGAGGCUGGAGGAGUUUGAAGGCGAGCGGGAGCAACUGCAGAAGGUGGCGGAUGCAGCAGCCUCUCUGGAGCAGCAGCUGGAGCAGGUGAAGCUGACUGUGCACCAGCGGGACCAGCAGCUGGCGGCCCUACAGCAGGAACAUGUGGAGCUGAUGGGGCAGCUCACCACCACACAGGAGGCCCUGCAGGCCCGGGGGCAGGCCCUCGAUGACCUGCACACGCGCUACGAUGAGUUGCAGGUGCGGCUGGAGGAGCUGCAGGGGGAGGCUGCCUCCAGGGAAGAUGAGAUCCACUUCCUGCAGAAAGAGAAGAUUGUCUUGGAGGUGGCUCUGCAAGCAGCCAGGAGUGGCAAGGAGGAUCUGGACCAGGAAGCAAGACGCUUGGAGGAAGGUACCGAAGAGACCUCAGGACGCCUGGAGCAGUUGAGACAAGAGCUGGCUGUGAAGUCCAGCCAGGUAGAGACCUUGCAGCAGGAGAUGGCCUCCCUGAAGAAGCAGACGCAGAAGGUGAAAGAGCAGUUUCUUCAGCAAAAGGUGAUGGUGGAGGCUUAUCGACGAGAUGCCAACUCUAAAGACCAGCUUAUCAGUGAACUGAAGGCCACAAGGAAGCGGCUGGAUGCAGAGAUGAAGGAACUGAGGCAGGAGCUCAUCAGAGUGCACGGGGAGAAGAAGGCUGUGGAGGUGGAGCACUCUCGCUUGCAGAAGGAGGCCGCCCAGGCCCACCAGCAGAUGGCGGGUCUCCAGGGGCACCUUCAGGCAAUGCAGAAGGAGCGCGACGAGAUGGAGAUGCACCUGCAGUCCUUGCAGUUCGACAAAGAACAGAUGGCUGCUCUGUCGGAGGCCAAUGAGGAGCUGAAGAAACAAGUCGAAGAGCUACAGCAAGAGGCCAAGAAGGCCAUCACAGAACAGAAGCAGAAGAUGAAACGGCUGGGCUCAGACCUGACCAGCGCCCAGAAGGAGAUGAAGACCAAGCAUAAAGCUUACGAGAACGCCGUGAGCAUCCUCAGCCGCCGCUUGCAGGAGGCCCUGGCUGCCAAGGAGUCUGCAGACACAGAGCUGAGCCAGCUCAGAGCUCAGAGCGCUGUUGGCGGCAGUGACCCUACGCUACAUGAGAGGAUCCAGGCCCUGGAGGUGGAGCUGCAGAGCGUUGGCCACAGCAAGAUGCUGCUGGAGAAGGAGCUGCAGGAGGUGAUUGCGACGACCAGCCAAGAGCUAGAGGAGUCCCGGGAGAAGGUGCUGGAGCUGGAGGAUGAGCUUCAAGAGUCCAGAGGUUUCAGACGGAAGAUAAAGCGCCUUGAAGAAUCAAAUAAGAAGCUGGCUCUUGAGUUAGAGCACGAGAGAGGGAAGCUCACAGGCCUCGGACAAUCCAAUGCUGCUUUGCGGGAACACAACAGCAUCUUAGAGACAGCUCUGGCCAAGAGGGAGGCCGACUUGGUCCAGCUGAAUCUCCAGGUACAGGCAGUUCUGCAGCGGAAAGAAGAGGAGGAUCGCCAGAUGAAGCAGCUCGUCCAGGCUUUACAAAUCUCCUUAGAGAAGGAGAAGGUGGAGGUGAACAGCCUCAAGCAGCAGGUGGCUGCUGCCAGGGCAGAAGCUGGACACAACCGCCGCCACUUCAAGGCGGCCGCUUUGGAGCUGAGCGAAGUGAAGAAGGAGCUGCAAGCCAAGGAGCACCUUGUGCGUACGCUGCAGGCUGAGGCCGACGAGCUCCAGAUUCGGGAGGGGAAACAUUCCCAGGAAAUAGCACAGUUCCAGGCAGAGCUGGCAGAGGCCCGGACUCAGCUUCAGCUCCUGCAGAAGCAGCUGGACAUGCAGCUCAGCCAGGAGCCCACAGGGAGCCAAGAGAUGGAAAAUCUCAAAUGGGAGUUGGAUCAGAAAGAGCGGGAAAUCCAGUCCUUGAAGCAGCAGCUGGACUUGACAGAGCAACAGGGCAGGAAGGAGCUGGAAGGAACACAGCAGUCAUUGCAGAAUAUCAAGUCUGAGUUGGAGACGGUGCAGGAAGACCUGUCCAUGACCCAGAAGGAUAAAUUUAUGCUUCAAGCCAAAGUGUCGGAACUGAAGAGCAACAUGAAGACUCUGCUUCAGCAGAACCAGCAGCUGCAGCUGGACCUCCGGCACCGUGUGGCCAAGAGGAAGGAGCCAAAAGGUGAGGCCAACUCCCCAGGCCCUGCAACACCCAUCAGGAUCCCAGACUGCCCCGUCCCAGCCUCGCUGCUGGAGGAGCUGCUGCGGCCUCCACCCGCCGUGAGCAAGGAGCCCCUCAAGAACCUCAACAGCUGUCUGCAGCAGCUCAAGCAGGAGAUGGACAGUCUGCAGCGCCAGAUGGAGGAGCACACCUUCACUGUGCACGAGUCCCUGUCCUCUUGGACGCAGGUGGAAGGCCCCGCAGGAGAGCAGGUGAACCCCAGGGCAAACCCAAGGCAACAAGGUGGAAGCCGGGCUCCCCAAGGAGGACUGGACCAGUGACUGCACAGUGCUCACACCAUGUGUACACAGCUGCUCCAAGGAACGCUCUUGCAUUAGUGCUACUCCUUUGAUGGUGUGCUCUGCAUUUUCUGAGAGUGAAAUUUGAGUUUUGCUUUUGCCUUUGAUGAAGAGUGAAACAACAGAAGGAGAGUUGAGGAUUAGAGGAGUAGUCGUUUGAAAUCACAAAUGGCUUCCCACGAAGUAGCCAGACCUCAGGCCUGGCUUCGGGCUCAAUGAGGACUUGUAUCUGUCUGACAGGUUAUUUGCAGAAGGGGGCAUCUUUGAUUGACAGGGAUGCUGCUCGUGGAGGGCCAUGCCAGCAGCCAGCCCCUGCAGAGACUGUUCAGUAGGAUCCUCGGGCAGCACAUCCGGGCAGGCUGGGUGCGAUUCUCACUGUCCUGUCCACUUAAUAAGAGCUCUCCUUUUCUGCAGAAUGAAUUUUUAUUUGCACCUUUGGAUUUUUAUUUCAUUUUUUUCAAUAGCCAUCCCACAAUAGGAUGUACAUAGAAAUACUGAAAAUCAUAACCUUUUAAAAGCAUAUGCCUAUAUUAUUUAAGAAGAAUCUAAUUGUCUUUUUAUUGAUUGCCUUUUGAAAAAUUACUGUUGGAAAAUAAUGUACACGUAGGAUGUAGGGAUAUCAGAAAAUUAUAUUUUAAGAAGCAUAGUUAUUUUAUUUACUCUACCUUCUAAAACCAAACAUUCUUGCCCAGAGGAGGCUCCUUGUUCUAAUUUUACUUUUUCCUGAGGGUUUUUGCUUCCUGCCCAUGGUCUUCCUAAGUUUGUGACAUAGGCCUGUCAGGUGCUGGCCCUGUGUGGGCCCACCCACUUUGGCUGACCACUGGGCUGGAGCAGGUGGGACCCUCAGUCAAGCCCAGUGGUCCUAACAAUCCCCAGGGGAAGAGGGCCUAACGUGUGUGGGUCACAGGCUUCUUGCUGUGCCCCCCACACCAUGGUCAUCAGGAGGCGCUGGUGUUGCCAGUGUCACCUGGUCAGAGGCCAUGUCUGGAAGAGACAUGGUGCCAGGGGAAGGCAGCUGUGGUCUCUUGAGGAAUAGGAGGUUCAGAGACAAGUGCCUCUUCCCUGUGGCACGUUUUCCACCUAGAGGCAGUGCUGUAUAUGCCAGCUGACUGGGAGAGUCCAGGUCUUUGUUUCUCCCUCAGUUGCUAGGAAAAUCUAAAAAUAGUAUUUAUUGUUUCAAGGUAGGAAGGAGAAAAAGAGGGGAGGUCCAGGUGACCCUCGUUCAGAUCUGCCAGUCUACAGGUGAAGUUCUGUGGCAGGGACCCACCUAGGCUCUCUGUGUCAGCAGGGUAUUGGUGUCCUGGAGAGAACAACAUGGAGUUUCCAAGCAGUUUGUGGUAUGUUGUUAGAAGGUUGAUUGAUACGGUUAAAGUGGCAUCACCAUAAAGAUGUGUGGCUUUUAAAAAAGUAUUCCCUAGCAAAUAUUAGAACUUGUAAAAUGUAUAUAUCAUCUGUACAGGGUUAAUCUUGAAAUGAUACUUGAAAAUUUCAUUUUAAGUAUAUUUUAUUUCUUAAGUUAGAAAUUGUUUCUGACUAAAUUGUUCUUGCAUCAUUAGAAAAGAAAAAUGGAAGUUUAUGUUCUUAUUUAUUUUGGCUGUUAUCUUUUGUCUAAUCUGAGGCAGGACACGUCCCUGGACUCACUGGGUGGCAUGGCUGCCUUCUCCCUCUGUCUCAGCAGUCUCUGCACAAGCUCCCAUUUUUUCCUCCUAAGAGAGGAUGUGCUCGUGGCCACCACUGGGCCCCAUGUCUGUCCCCCUCCCUUGCUUGGCAUUCCUGGGCCUCACCUACCCUAGCUAUCACUGCCCCGUGUGGGGCCCUGGCCAGCACUUCUGGGUUCCACCAAGGACCUGGCCUGUCUUGGCUCAGCCUGUGUCCUCAGUGGCCAGUGCAGCUGUGGCUUGAGGCUCAUGCUGGAGCUGCCACUGCCCUUACGUUCUUUGAGGUUUUCUCGCUGCUGUUUUGGAAGGUUGAAGGCACUUUUCUGUCUCCAGGGGAUCCCAGUUGGAACGAAUGUUCCUCUGGGUGAAGUGCAAGUGAUGGGUCUGGGUCUGGAGUGUGGUUCUGCCAGGGUGGCUGUUGUCUGCAUGGUGUUCGCCCUGUCCUGUUGCACGGAGCCAUGGUACGUAGUUCAGGAUGCCAUUGCCUGGAUUGCAGUGGGUCUCUGUUGAUCUUUUUCUAUGGUACCCAUCAGAUUGAUGCCCCACACAUCUUGCAGAUUUAUAUGGCUUCGUUCCUCUUUAGAAGAUGUUUUGAUAGAUGGCAGCUGACUACCCAGGCCUGUGUCAGGGAGAGGGGCAGCCUAUGGGCAGCCUCUGUGCUGGGAUCGGGAAGCUUGUGGCUUGCCCUCUGUGGAAGGCUUAUUCUCUGCAAAAGCCACAGCCUACAACAUUACCAUGGCACAGAUUCCUAUUUACAUUUUUUUUUUUUUAAACAAAAACUAUCAAGUGUCAAGGUUCUGGGAAUGAAAGGGACCAGCGUAUCUGAAAGGGAAGAGUACUGGAGCCUUCCUACCAAGGACCCAGCAACGUCGAUGCCUGUGGUGUGGGAUCUUGGGCCUCAUGCUAACAAGAUCUCAUUCUGUGGUGGUCUCAGGUUCUGAUCAGAUUCUUGAGGGUCCGUGUUUUAGAGGAUCUAGGAAGUUCGUUGUUCACUGCCUUCUGCUGUUCCCUCAUUUCUCAUUCAGAGUUAGUCAUUUCUAUAAAAAAAUCUUCUCACAAAAGGAGUCACUAGCUGGGGGCUGUUUGUGUGAAAGGUGUCACUGUGUGCAACAGAUUGUAACUUUAAAAAGCAUGUUGAUUUUUUUUUUAUAAUAUAAGCGUGCUUGGGAAUUCCUUAAAUUUUGUGCAAUAAACUAUUUUUGGUAAAGGUUUUCAUAUUUUA